UUACACUUGAACGGAUCAAACCGAUUCUUGGAAGAGACGAUAGAAGAUGGCAGAUAACGCACCAGCCCCGGCCAAGAGCCCAAAGAAGAAGGCAGCAGCGAAGCCUAAGAAGCCCGCAGAGCACCCAAAGUACAUCGACAUGGUUCUGGACGCCAUAAAAAAUCUGAAAGAGAGGAAGGGAUCCUCCCGCCAGGCCAUCCUCAAGUACGUCAUGAGCAAAUUCAAGGUGGGCAACGACGCUACUAAAGUUAACUCUCGUGUCAAAGUGGCCCUGAAGAACGGCGUAAAAAGCAAGGUACUGAAACAGAGCAAAGGGACCGGAGCCCAGGGCAGAUUUAGUGUGGGGGAGAAGAAAGCCGCCGUCAAAAAACCAAAGGCCGCCAAGCCAAAGACCGCCAAGAAGCCUGCAGCAAAGAAACCCAAAGCAGCCAAAAAGCCAGCAGGAGAAAAGGCAAAGAAAGUCAAGAAAUCACCAAAGAAGGCGAAGGCAGCCAAACCCAAAACUGCCAAACCCAAGACAGUUAAGAAGUCACCAAAGAAAGCUACCAAGGCAGCCAAACCCAAAAAGGCAAAGACUCCAAAGAAGGCAGCCAAACCCAAGAAGACCAAGACACCCAAAAAGGCAGCAACCAAGAAAUAA